UUCUCCAUCUGGGAAAUGGUUGGUCUUGCUGUGUUCACUGAUCCAGAACCGGUCUCCUGGUGUAAGCUGGAGACACCUGUGCUUAUGGUGUGGUUAACCCAUGACUGACAAUCUCCGAAGCGUUAGUCCAGAACUUACCUCCAGUGAGGUUUUGGAGUGAAAUAGCAUUGGUGGGGGGGUGUGUUGCUCCUCUUUGUGCUGACAGAGGAGCGCAAAGAACAGGCUGAAUGUGGCAGAUUCAUUGCUGUUGCAGUUCUGCUGUUAAUGAACUCUUUGCCUGGUUCUGCAGCCAUUGCCCUGAUGACCACAGCUGUCAUUUCUACCUGCGACCAUGGCAUUGUGGCGAAGAUCAAGAGGGUGAUCAUGGAGAGAGACACCUAUCCCCGCAAAUGGGGUCUCGGUCCCAAGGCCAGUCAAAAGAAGAUGAUGAUCCAGAAGGGUCUGCUGGACAAGCAUGGAAAGCCCAACGAGAGCACGCCGGAUUCCUGGAAGAAGGAGUAUGUGGAUUACAGGGAUGCUUCCAAGAAAGAGGCAGCUGCUGUUCCCCAAGCUGUUUCAGAGGUGGAGAGGGCUUCAAAAAGGAAGCGAGAGUCGGAGAGUGAAAGUGAUGAGGCUGUCACCCCACCAUCCCCUGCCACCCCACCGCCAGAGGAGCUGACCAAAAAGGAGAAGAAAAAGAAGAAGAAAGAGAAGAAGGCCAAAGAGGCAGCUGAGAGUGGAGGAGAGCAAAUAGAAGUGGCCAGUGAGCCCAGCACCAAGAAGAAGAAGAAGAAGAAACAGAAGGAGGUAGAAGAGAGCUCAGAGUAAGCAACUGGAUCUGUCCAAAGCAGGCGACCUCAUCGGUAGAGAAGGGAGGAGUCUGAGGCCUUGAGAAAAAGAGGACUGGCCACAUGGCAGAGGGGCCAGCAGGUCCCGAGCUCCUUUUCUGCUGUGUAUAGGAGUGAGCAGGUGUGUUUGUCCAGGAUACACCCUGCUCGGGUCCCCCUCCUCAUCCUGUUUUAAGGGUCUCCAGAGGAGUGGGGUGCCUGACUGCCCCUGCGCUGGAUUGCUCUCUAAAGCUGAACACCACGAUGCCAAUAGAAGUGGUAUCUUCAGGGAAGCUGUA